AUGGAUGGAAAUGCCCGCCCGUUGUUCCAAACACAUCUUGGAGCAAGAACCUCCGCCCGCCGGGUUGUUGAUUGUCGAGUUUGUGGCGAUCCGCAUUCACGCCUGCGCUUCGCAUUUGUAGAGUUUGCUGAUGAGCAGUCUGCGAGAGCAGCUCUUAACCUCUCUGGGACAAUGCUAGGAUUCUCUCCGGUUAGGGUCUUACCUUCAAAAACUGCUAUCCUUCCUGUGAAUCCUACAUUUCUUCCCAGGUCAGAGGAUGAACGGGAGAUGUGCGCAAGGACGAUCUACUGUACAAAUGUUGAUAAGCAGCUUUCUCAAGCUGAAGUCAAGAACUUCUUCGAAACAAGAUGUGGUGAGGUUUCUCGCCUGAGGCUUUUGGGGGAUCAGGUGCAUUGCACCCGUAUUGGUUUUGUUGAGUUUGCCAUGGCAGAGACUGCAAUUCAGGCACUGGAGUGUAGUGGGGAGUUAUUGGGAUCACAACACAUCAGGGUAAGUCCUUCGAAGACACCUGUGAGGCCUCGACCUCCUCGCCCUGCAUCCAUCAACUAG